AUGGGUCCUCAUAUUAAUGGUUUCAGCACAGAGAAUUUGUGCUCAAGGGGCCCUGGUCUGAAUGAUUAUAUCAAUCCUACUAAUCUUAUGGACAGAUUUCCCAUCAAUCAAGGAUCAGAAACCUCACAAGUGUAUCAGAGCCUCCAAGACAUGGAGACCCACAAAGAUUCUUUGGUAACCUACUCCACUAUCACCAAUGGAAAACUGCAACAACAAAAAAUGGGUAAUCAAUACCAUCAAUGUACAAAUCACCACAAUCUUGAUGCUAUCAUCUUUUUGUCUGCUAAGAGUGUUGAAUGCCACCCCAGUGAACCCUUGGACAAAGUAUCUCCUCAUGAAUUUCAGACCAUUUAUGAUCAAGAGAAAUUUCCAGGCCAAGUUCCUGAUGUCCCAUACCAAGAUCUAGGCAAUUCCCUAGAUGAGCAGUGGAAAUGUGUACCAGGGAAUACUAGGGAACCUACAGAGCAUAUGUUAGACAACCUUUUUGAUUUCACCCAAGAUCUUUGGUCAAUGCAACAUGAUCACUCACAAGAAACUCACCAAAAACAUACCACUUUUACCAAUGUUGAAAGCUCUGUCAAAACCUGUGAAGUUGUACAAAAGACAGGUGGAGGAGAAAUGAAUGAAGUAUUAUCUUCAAGAUCCCUGGCAAAAACCUUGUCAUCAUGGCCUGUUGUACAAAUCAACAAAGAUGUAGGGAUAUCAACACAGAGUACCCAAAGUCAAGAUGCCAGCUUCAGUUUUAUCAAUCAACAUGAUGGUAUGGACCAUGGUCAAGUUCAUGAACCCAGAUCAACCAGUUCAGUUCAAAGAUAUAAAAAGAGAAAAUUGCAUGAAAUUCACAAAGCAAGUGAUGAUGUUUCUCAAGGAAGCUUCAGUAAAGAGCAUGUGGCACUUGCAAGUCCCCAAAAUGAACCAGAACCUUCAGGUAAAAUACAGAAUUUUAACACCUUAUAUCAGCAACAUAGAAGUGCCUUGCAACAAGGUGUGCGUACCAGGAAAAUAAUCCAAGAGAUUCAAGGAAUAGGAGCCCAUUACCUUACAAUGUAUGGUAUCUUGGCUAUGAAAAAUGAUGACUGGUUCCUUGGUUUUGUGAAGAAGUUUUAUUUGAUAAUCAAUGAUAGAAGUUUUACUGGAAUUGAAGGAGACAUAAUCAAGCAGAAAUUGAUAGGUGCUUUAGGGAAGGUCAAAUCUGGCAUUGUGACUGGAUUCCUUGGCUUACAUUAUUAUAUGAAUGAAUACACCCAGGGGCCAUCACUUCAAACUCAUGAAAUCCUAUCACACUAUUUAUGUUUUAUACAUAGAUAUAUUGAUGAGAUGGCAGGGAUUGGGUCACAAACAAUCAAAGCAUUAGAUAUGUCCAUCAAGCCCCCAUGGAAGGCUGUGGAUGGACCAUUGGAUGUCCUACAGCACCUCAUCACCAUCAAAGAGAAAAGACAUUUGAGACUUUAUUUAUAUUACCAUCUAUGGACAAGAUUUACCGAGAACAAUAAGGAAUUGGGGUGUAUGAUGAGCUAUGAUGACUUCAUUACAAAACUUUAUGGGAAGACUUCUCCACAUCACAGCUAUCCAGAAUUCUCAAAACAGAAGGUCCACUCAACAACAACACUUCCCAAUAUCAUCAAUGAUAAUACCUGCACAAAAUAUAUAAAAGACUUUGGAAACAGCUGCCUUGAAUCAAUGCUGCACAAGGCUGAAGAUUUGAAAGAUUUCUUUGACAGCUUGACAUACAAUCUUUAUGAGAAAAUCAGAAAUGAAAGUUCAAACCUCAGGGAAGGAGUAUCCUACACAGCUGACUUAAAGAGAGCCAUCUAUUCUGCAAGCCAUAAAAUAGUACCCUGUUUCCUUGCAAUCAUCCAGAUAACUUUGAACGAACAUCCAGGAGUGUGCCAAAUUCAGGACCUAGAAGAAAUAUUAAAUGAUGGACUGAAUUUCCUGAAAACCCAAUUUUCUUUAUGGAGAGGUCUUGAUCUGGAGCAACUAUUUCCAUUGUCUCCUGAUAAAACUGAACUUUCAAUUGAAGAUCUCAAUCAAGACAGUCAGAUAAUGGCACAUGUGUUCCAGAAGAUGGCUAAACCAGCUCCCAUAUCAGUGUUUAAGAAAAUACAAUGGAAUUUGGUGACAAGGUGGCCAAAGCCUGAGAAAGCAAGACACUUGCAAAGGAUACUUGCAAAUCAUAAGGCACAGAACCUUUCAGGAUGGCUUAAAGAAAUGGUGUCCUAUUGA